UUUUUUUUUUGGGUGAGCGAGCGAGCGACUGAAACACCAUAACUAAGGAGGUGUUGUUAGGCAGCCGUUAUGGAAUGUACUUGACAUCUGUACGCGUUUUAUGAGGAGGACCUUUCAGUUGAUCCUAACGGGAACACUAACAUUGGCAUGUUGCAGCCUGAUGUAUGAACAGCACUUGGAUCACGGAUAUUUAUUGGAUUUACAGGAAAAUGGCAUGAUUCGCUUGUAAUGGAUAUGAUGACUUACUUGGCUGAUGUUUUGGUGGCCCCCUCGCCUUCGAGUAUUGUAAGAAGCAGUUACACCUUCAUUUUGGGAUUACUAAUAUUGUUUCCAGUGCAGGAGUCCAUUGGGUCUAAUGUAUCAGACUUUCAAGAGGAACAGUUACAGAAAUAUCCUUCUGCAUAUUCAGCUGUUGGUCUACAAGGAGAAGCAAUGCCCACUGCCUUAACAGAGAAUACAGCAGAAGCUCAAGGGAAGAGUCUACUCCUUAAAGUUUAUUCAUCAUCAGCCAUACCUCAAGAAACAACUACAGGAGGAACAUAUGUAGCACAGUGGGGCCCAUCAGCAUCUGCAGGCACACAUUCCUUUGAGGAGUUCACUAACUCAUUUGCUGUUUUACACUCAAUCCCAACACAGAAAUCUGCUGUAUCAUCUGAAUCUACUGUAUUCCAGCUGCAUGUAUUUCCUGAAUCACAACUACAGAGUCACACCUUGGAAGCUAAGGAAAUAAAAUCAGUAUUACUUACAUCAACAUCAGCAUUAACAGAUAUCAUGUUGUCAUUAAUGAAAAGUAUUAAAAGUACUUCAGACAGUGUUGCACUAUUGACAGUCCCUAGUACUUCAUCCAGUGACUCUAAGUCUUCUGUGCUUGAAACAGUAUUUCUGUCUCCAAGCGGACUUUCUAAGCUGGUACCGCCCACUCUUAUAGUUCCUACUUCUAGUUUGCCGUCAUUUCCUUCACAUCUAACUGCAUUGCAUGACAUGUCACAAGACCAUAGUGUUCAGUCUGUAUCACAGAGGAAUGCAGCUAUUUUACCUUUAAAAGAAACCACCGCACAAGGCUUAUCACAGUCCAGCAUAGAUCUAAGCAAUAUCCAUAGUGUUUUGAUAUCAGGUGUACAUGAGCCAGUUAUGUCCAUAUUAGACAUCUUCAAAACUUCUGAAAUGUUUGUUUCUUUACUAACAAGUACAUCACAUUCUACUAGUACUUUGUCACAUGCAAGUAAUCCGUAUCCUUCAUCUCUUGCAAGUCAUACUUUUACAUUUCCAUCACAAGACGAAUUAAAGGACUCAAGUGUUCAGUUAAAAUCAUUUUUAAUUACUGCAAAUGGUGACCUAACUAGUGUCUUUCAUUAUAGUGAUGUGAAACAUUUGUCACUUAAAGGGACUUCAACUUUGCCUGAUAUUUUCACUUCCGUAAUAAAUGUUCCUUCAAGGCAAAGCCAAGUGGAAUAUCUGACAGCAUUUAACAGUCCAGUGCCUUCUGUCAGACCGUAUAUUACAUCUUUAACACUUGAUAUAACCCCAAUUUACCAGGAUGGAUUUUCACUGAGCUAUUCAAUGGAACACGAUCCUGGCUCAGGAGAUUAUCUUGAGACAGUAUCCGUAGUGGCAUCUCAGAAGAAAGCACUAACCUCUUCUCUAACUUUUCUUACGGACAUUUAUGAUCCGUAUGACUCCAACUUGGAGAUAUUGGAUACUUCUUUUCCAUCAAGACCUUUGGUUUCACAUUCUUCAUUUUUUGACAACUCUUUCACAUUUAGCUUGGACUCUAUAAGCACUUUUAAAACUGGCCUUAAUACUGUUUUGCCUGCAGCACUUGAUCCUUUAUAUAUCCAGUCUUCCAUGAGUCACUCCUUUGUUAAGUUUUCGGAUGAUGCAUCAAAUUAUCCAGUUUAUAUGACCAAAUCUGAUUUGGAGCUGGAAGAUUCUUACCUUGAUUUCAGUGAUGCUACAUCACAUUAUGUAGCACUUACAACUAAACUGCCCAUUUCAAAACAGCAACCUAAUGUUACAGAUGUGGUUCUUCCUGUAAAUUCAGAGACCAGAAAAAGUGAAAGCAAAUCUGAAGAAACAGAUGCACUAUCUGUGCCAGAAUCAACAUCUAUUAUGCAAGAACCGCCUAUGGAGAAUUCAUUUGCUUCAGAUGUUUUUCUGCACAAAACAUCUUCCUUUUCUUUGGACAUAUUACCCAGUCAUCUACCAACAGUAUGGUUUUCAGACUCCAGUGACAAAACACCUUUACCUUCUCAGGUGUAUAGUAAAGAAUCUACACAGUUUUCAGUGAUGCCUAUUUUUCCGUCAACUAUUUUGCCCUGGAAAUUAGCCAGUUUAGAACUAGCUGAAUCUUCUAUAAUGCCUGAUAAUUUUGCAACAGUAGAUGGCACAAAUAUUGAUGCAUCAGACUUCAUACCUUUAAGUUCUUCAAACUCCCUGUUAACCACAGUCUUUGUAUCAGACAUCCCUCCAGUUGGUUCAUCAGAAACACAAUUCUAUUCUGAUGUUUCAGUAUUGUCUAAAGAAGCUUUGGAUUCUCAGUCGAUUUCUGAACAAAGUUUUACCUCAGGUGUAUUAAGGGCUACCUCUUUGAUGGAGGCUUUAUCAACGUAUUCGUCAGCAACAGUGUUACCUGCUACAACAUAUCCUUUUGUUAGCAGUCAUCUGAAAGAAGAAAACAGUAUUGAGCUGCUUAACACACUUCAGCAAGCUCCACAACGAACAGAAUCUGUUUUCUCUCAUAUUAAAUCAGACGUCUCCCUCAUUUCUUCUACAGUUUCACAGAGUCUUCAUUUAGUGGACAUAACUAGUACUUCACAUUUUAGCACACAUAUGGCGUCCUCUUCACUGUAUGUUAGUGUGUCUCCUACACCUACUGGUCCAGUUUUUAUGGUGUCAUCUUUCAGUAAAACUGCUACAACUUCUGCACCUAACACUAGUUUAAUUGAAGUUACUAAUCUGACUAACGCUGUCAGCACCAUGACUGAUAAAGCAGUUACUGAUGUAUAUAGUACGAAUAACAUGAAUCCCACCACUGUCACUCAGAUUACUGGCUUUCCUUCUGCUGCUAAUCGCACAACUGCUGCCACUGCCAGUAGCACCACUGUCACUACAAUUGCUGCAACAGCCUCAACCACAACAACCCAGCCUUACUUGUGCGAUAUAACAGUGCCUGAUGUGUACUUAGUUAAAGCAGUGCUUUCUGAGGAAGCUAUGUUGAGCAUUAAUGAAGCCAUUAAGAAUCAGCUACAAUUUCAGUUCAACCGUACAGUGGAGUUGCAGAUCCGUAAGACUUUUCCUGAGCUCACAUUUUUAGUGACUUCAGGCCCACUGGUCUAUACAGCCGAAUCCGUCAUAAAUGCUUUGAGUAACAGCAGUCUUCUUCAUGGAGAGCCACCAAAGAUCCUUUCACUACAAAGAGUCAUUACUGUGCCUGACUACAAGUUUCAGGCCCAUACAGUGCUGCAGUUUGUCCCAGGUAAUGUGGAUGUGAGGUUCUGCAACUUCAGCCGGCAGAUAGAGAGAGGCCUGAUGAUGGCAUUUGCAGCGGCAAGACGGCGUUAUAGGCAAAUGGUCAACAUAUCUGUCCAGGUCUUGAAUGUAACUAUGUACAUGUCCGACCCAGAGAGACUAAGGAAAGGUCCUGUGAAUAUCACAUUUGCCAUUAACGAUCAAUCCACUUUUAUUCUUGGUGCUGAUGUAAGUGACCUUCUUAGGUUGCUCAGCUUGGUGGAGUUCAGCUUUUACUUGGGUUUCCCUGUUCUACAAGUUGCUGAACCAUUUCACUACCCAGAACUCAAUGUGUCACACAUUCUUCAGUCUUCCUGGAUUCGAACAGUUCUUCUUGGUGUUCUUGACUCCCGGGUUCGUGAGAAGGUGUUUCAUGCAGAGAUGGAGCGCAAAUUCGCACAGCUGUUCAGUGAGGCUAUUGUUCAAAAAAGGAGAAGAUUGAAAAGAGCCACCACUGUGGGAAAUGUCACUGUACAGGUUGUUAAUGUUUCACGCAUUGAUGAUACUGAUUAUCCAGUGGAAGUGGUUUAUUUUGUGGAAGGUCAGAGUGGAGAGCGUCUUAGUGCUGUUGAGGCUGCUAGCCUUAUUAACAAGGUUGAUAUACAGAAAGCUGCUAUCAUCCUGGGGUAUCGCGUGAAAGGAAGUCUGGCACAACCUGUUAAUAAGGUAGAAGAAUCUCCAUCUGAAAACCAUAACAGUAAUCUUUGGAUCAUCGUUGGGGUGGUGGUUCCUGUGAUUGUGGUUGUGACCAUCAUAUUCAUCCUGUACUGGAAGCUGUGCCGAACUGACAGGCUUGAAUUCCAGCCAGACACCAUGAGCAAUAUUCAGCAGAGGCAGAAGACACCAGGUACAGGACUACAGUCCCUGAUAUUGUGCAGCCUUCAGAAGCAGCAGCCACAGCACAGCCUUCAGAAGCAGCAACAGCAGCAAGAGACACAGCCUUUAGGUUGUCAGCUGCAAGCUCCAACUGUAAAAGGUUUUGACUUUGCCAAGCAGCACCUUGGACAACAAGACAAAGAUGAUGUUUUAGUGCUACAAGAACCAGCUUCCUUGCCUACACCUGUUAAAGAUGCUGCUCUUUCUGAAAAUGGUGAUGUUCCAAGUCCAAAGUCCAGAACACCUUCCAAGCCCUCUAAAGGAGUUCGACACAGGGGGAGGAUUUCCCCAUCUGAUGCAGAAUCAACAACAAGUGAACAGUCCAGUGGAAGAGAGACUCCUGAAGAAACUCCAAGGCACUCUGUGACCACUGGUGAGAGCAAGCAGCACAGAGCUGUUAAAAAUGGAAAAAAUAAAGUUGGUCCUCCACAGGUGAAUGGUGUAGAUGAGCAGACUUCUUCAGCAUCUAUCUUUGACCACGUUGAUAGAAUAUCACGCUCGUCAGAGGCCAGUCGACGCAUCACCAAUAAGAUUCAACUGAUUGCGAUGCAGCCCAUCCCUACACCACCACCACUACAGAAUCCAGCGGUACCAGAACGUGUUACCGAGACAGCAAAAAUCAACAAAGAAAUUCAAACAGCACUGAGACAUAAGUCAGAGAUAGAACACCAUCGUAAUAAGAUUCGUCUCCGAGCCAAGCGUAAGGGACAUUAUGAUUUUCCUGUCAUGGAUGAUGAUGGAAUCCAAGACCCAAAGGAUCGGCGUAAGAUUUACCGCAAGGCCCAGAUGCAGUUUGACAAGAUCCUAGAACCUGGAAUGAACAUGCCCACAGUACACAUAGAAGCCAGAAGAAGUUCCCGUGCAAAACGCUCCCCUAAACAAAGACGUAAACAUCAAAUGAAUGGCAGCCUUACAGAUGCAGAGAAAGACAGGCUCAUAACCACAGACAGUGAUGGGACCUAUAAAAGACCCCCAGGAGUCAACAAUGUUGCCUAUAUAUCUGAUCCUGAUGUUCCUCUGGAAUCGCAGAGCCCUUCACCUUCUGAUCCUGCAAUGUAUCCUUCCUCUCCACUCAACCAGCCACCCCCUCCAUAUGUCCCACCUCAGCCAUCUAUCGAAGAGGCCCGACAGCAGAUGCAUUCUCUUCUGGAUGAUGCAUUUGCACUGGUGGCACCCACAAGCCAAGGGAACAAUGUUGCCAGCACCACUGCAUUACCUGGGGCUACCAUAGGGCAACCAGUCACUUCAACACCUAGCCGAACAACAAGGGCAACCAGCUGCACACAGUGGACAGCACCUUAUGGUCCAGUUCAGUCAGCAAACAUUCCAUUUGCAAGAUAUACAGAUUUAGGAAUGGCAUCUCCUGCAGCACCCACAGUGUUACAAAGGCAAGGAUAUGGUCCAGGCUUCCUGCCUCCCACGGAAUUGAUACGGCAAGAACAGUCACAGCCAGAGACUCCAUAUCCUAACAGAGGAAUCUAUCCAGAAGAUAUACCAGCUGUAGCACGGCCGCGACCAGUUGGAAGUACUACAGGGUCUCAGAUUCAUCAGCUUACACAGGUGGGCAUUACCAACAGAACUGGAGCACAGACAGCAGAUAUCCCAUCAGGAAGAGCAGGACUUGGCCAGCAUUUGGGACCACCAGGAUGGUCUCCAUAUCGUACAGAUGAAGACUUUAUUAGAAGUGGCAUGCAGAAGGAUGGGACUCAUGUGCUUGGACACCAAGAAUAUGUCUCACCUCCUAUGUACCAGAUACCGCGAACUUCAGGGAGGGAUCCCACUGUACCACAUUCUCACCUUCAACCUAGCAACCUUCAGGGGACAGGGACAUGCUACAAUGCUGAGGACAUUCAGAGGGGUCAUUCCUCAGCCUCUCUAAUCAAGGCUAUUCGAGAAGAGCUUCUCAGACUCUCCCAAAAGCAGUCAGUAAUUCAAGACUUUCAUAGCUGAUCAACCACCACAUAGAUCAGUUAGUUUGCUGCUUCCUGUGGAAGCAAGGUUUAGAGGGCAGCAUGGGUACCAUUUUACUUUAAUGACAUUGAUACUGUGGUGGAGAGUGGACAGUGUUAAAGCUUGUGCAGUUGCAGCUGGUGCCAGUGUUUGUCAUGUGACAGAGAAGGCUAGAGUCACUAGACUGCUCCUAGUAUCUUUCAUAUUACAGAAAUGGGAAAAAAAUCAAUUUCUAUUUAUUGAAGUGUAAGAACUAUUCUGUAAUGCCUGUUUCUGGUUGUUGAAGUAGGCCUCAUUCUUGUUUUUUAAGAAGCUUGCGUGUGAUGUUUUUACAGUUUCUUGUUGAUCAUCAACUGCAGUCAUGAUAGCUGCCCCUGCAAGAGUUAAACCAAGGCUGGCAUCUUGGUAGCAGGUGGCCACUGCAGCGGUCUAGUCUCAAAUACAAAGACUUACAUUUAAAGAGUUGUCUAAAGCUGAAAGGUUUUUCAAAUAUUUUAUAUGUUCUUGCCUUUUCAUGUGCUUUCUGCAGGGGGACAAAAACAGUCCCUUGUUUCUCAUCUGAAACUAAUAAAAAAAUUUAUGGAAGCUUUCUUAUAAUUUAAGAAGUAUAUCCAGUUCGACAUUUUGUCGUUCCUUUGGUGCUGAAGCUUUAAGUGUUCCUUCUAGUAAGAUAUUGUCUCUAUAUUUGAGCUUUCUAGGACAGCAGUUUUUUUGUCUUAACAAAAAAGUAAAUGUUCUUAAUGUUCUUUGACAGUUCAGAAGUGGUGAAUACUUCUGUCCUGCAGAGGUUCCUAAUACGCGUGAACUUACUGAUGUAGAAAACUUUAUAGAGUAUGGUGAGUACAUGCAUACCCAGAGAUGUUUACAAAGGCAGGCAAACUGUUCAUUUAAGUAUGUACUCAUGAGUAUGUACCUGUGGCCUUGGGCAUUCAGUGGCUUUUUAUUAUUUGUUCAGUCAGCACUCUGAAACUGCAUCAUUUGUACUCUUUAGGAAACAGAUAUGACUAUGCCUCCCCUCUUUUUAAUUUAUUCUCAAAACAGUUUGCUGAUAAAAGCAAUAUUCCAUAUUAAACAAGUGGCUGUAGCAAUGAGGGCAAGAAUACACAAUUUUCCAUUUUUCAUUACCCAGAUUUUUUGUUUACAUCCAAAACGCACUCUGUCAUUAUGCUGAAGUCUUAAUAUAUUUUGCUGUGGCAGCACUUGGACUGAAAAGUAUUUAUUUUGAAGAGGAGGAUCUCAGCUUCCAAGCACGUACUUUUUUGGGCAUUGUUUGCUUGGAAACUGUUUGUACAGUGCAUUUGGUAGUUAGGUAUAAACUAUAUUUGUUGUGUGUAAGAGUAAAUGAAUAAUUUAAAAUUCUUGCAGAGAUCCCACAUUCAUGUAUAGUGUACAAUAUAAUGAAAACACUGAAUGACAAAGUCUGUAAGAAAAUUUGCUUGAAAUAAGAAUUGUGUGGGUGUAUCAGCUCUAAACAUUGCAGUUACAUUGAAAUGCGUUGGGCAGCAAAGACAAUUAUUAUUCAUCAUUGUCAGUAGAUUUUGAGUCUCCUAGAAGUACAACAGGCAGUUCUGAAGACCUCCCCCUCAACCAUUUCUACAGUGGCAAUAAGGCUGGCACACCAGGAGCAGCCUUAGGUCAACUGGUGCCCUAGGCAAAAAGGCUCUACAGUGCCCCCCACACCACCCAGUGCCCCCAUCCUGAUCUACCUACACCAAAUAAAUACCGGAAAAGUGCCCCUGCUAGUGUGGCGCCCUAGACGGCCGCCUAGUUGGCCUGUGCCUAAGGCCGGCUAUGUGGCACACUUUUACAAAAAGUCACAAGAAAGAAAUAAGCUUUACUAUAGAAGUCAUAGUAUAAGACUGAAGAUGAAAGGUGGGGGAAGUAACAUGCUAGAAACAUUCAGCACAACAAAGGGAACACAAUGUAGAGACAGAUGGAACACUGCACAUGUUGUAGAGUCAAAAAGAGUAGUCAUUGUAAAGAUUGCAUGGGACAGCUGUAAGGUAAUGUCUAGCAGAUGGUUUGAGGAUGUAGAAUAUUGGAUCAUUAGGAUUCAGAGCUCAUUUGUUGGGUAGAAAAUAGGUGGUGGACUUGGCAAGCAGGCAGUUUUUUAUCUGCAGUCAAUUUGCCUUUUUGUUAACUUUCACAGUUCUGAAAUUAUUUUCAACUGCUAUUUCAAAGGAGAUUGGCAGUAAGACAGAAGAAGCCAGAAAGAGCUUCAGAAACAAGAAAUUUUAUAAUUUCCCAACGUUAUCAUUGAAGGCAGGUGGCAAAUGGGCUAGAGCAGGACGUGCAGGUGGGGGUGUGAAGAAGACAGAGAUGGACAUUGUAGUGAUGGAAACAAGGCAGUGCUUAAAAUAAUGUAAUAUGACAACAGAACAGGGAUACAGUGAUGGUCUAGUGGUUUCUACAGGAAGUAGACUAGACAAAAGCUCACUGUGAGCACAGAAUAACAGACGAGUUUAUGAGUGGAAAUUUUCAAAGAAUUGCUAGUAGGUGAUACAUUAUAGUGCACUAGAUUUGACAUUUCCAAGAUUAAUGGCAUUUACAAGAUUAAUAACUAAUUUGAAGUAUGCUAAGAAGGAAUUAUUUUUGAUACUUAAUAGCAGUAGGUUAGGAAAGCAAGCACAGGUGAAUGUUAAAGUGUUCCAUAAAGACAACAUGUUCUGUAAGAGAUGCUGAAUGCUAAGCAAACUAAAAUAAUCUCUCACCUUUUCUUCUCCUACUAUUGUCCUUUUCUCUUUUGAAGUAACGAAGGCUCUGUAGAAUGUAAUUUGAGGAUUAUGAAAAACAACAUUCUGUAUGUAUACUUGUGUUAAAAGUGUCAUUUCACAGAGGACAUAUAUGUUAACAUUGUAAUUUCAUAGAGGGCAUGUACACAGUCACUACAGUAUUCAAAGCAAAACUGAUUUUGCAAGGAAUCCCUCAACUGAUUCAUGAAGUAUUGAGCAUGUGCAAUGCUGGGAUGUUGAUAAAGAAAGAGAUUUGCAUGCAUCUAUGUAUGUAGUUAUAAAAGAACAAUGUAAAUAGCAAGGAAAUAUGAAAUCAGAGUUAUGGAGUGAAGUUGAGGUCACAGUUAAGUGGGUGGAAAAUGUGUUGUUUUUUUUGCCUUCUGUGUACCUAAGGAUUACUGCCUUAGAAAACAUUUUAACAGCAGAUUGUUUAGAUGCAACAUUUCUAGAUGAAUUUGGUGGAAUUUUCCCAGUUCUUUGUUCAUUAGCUGUUAAUCUGAAUAAACUUUCUAAGGCUUCUGAAGAAAA